AUGGAAAGCCCCAAACAUCAGACCAUCAAAGCCAAUGUUGACCUCCCACAACAACAUGACUGUGAGGAAGAGGAGGGUCUGGAUGAGCAGCAGGUCUGUAACCAGGAGAGGAACUCCAGUCUGGACCAGGAGGACCCAGAGCCUCCACAGAUUAAAGAGGAACAAGAGGAACUUUCCAGCAGUCAGGAGGGAGAGCAGCUUGGACUGAAGGAGGAGGCUGAAGGCAUUAUCGUCUGGACUGAUGAAGAGCAGCUCAGACUGCUGGAGACCAUCUUGGAACAGUGGCUAGCGCUGUUGGCUCACAGCAAGAAGGUCCUGAGUUUGACUCCACUAUGUGGCCUGGCCUUUCUGUGUGGAGUUUGCAUGUUCUCCCCUUGUUCACUCUCCAGAGACAUGCAGACAGCUGGGAGAGUUCACACAGGUGAGAAGCCAUAUUCUUGUAGCACCUGUGNGAAAAGAUUUUCUGACUCAUCAGCGUUAAAAAAACACAGGAGAAUUCACACAGGUGAGAAACCUUAUUCUUGUAGCACCUGUGGGAAAAGAUUUUCUGACUCAUCAGCAUUCAAAACACACAGGAGAGUUCACACAGGUGAGAAACCAUAUUGUUGUAGCACCUGUGGGAAAAGAUUUGCUACCUCAUCAACGUUGAAAACACACACGAGAGUUCACACGGGUGAGAAGCCAUAUUGUUGUAGCAUGUGUGGGAAAGAAUUUAUUCAGAAGUCACAUUUGGACUCUCAUGUAAGAAUUCACACAGGUGAGAAGCCAUAUUGUUGUAGCACCUGUGGGAAAAGAUUUGCUGACUCAUCAGGACUCAAAACACACAGGAGAAUUCACACAGGUGAGAAGCCAUAUUGUUGUAGCACCUGUGGGAAAAGAUUUGCUGACUCAUCAGGAUUCAAAACACACAGGAGAAUUCACACAGGUGAGAAGCCAUAUUGUUGUAGCACCUGUGGCAAAGGAUUUAUUCAGAAGUCACGUUUGGACUGUCAUAUAAGAAUUCACACAGGUGAGAAACCGUAUCCUUGUAGCAUCUGUGGGAAAAGGUUUGUCGAUAAGCUACAAUUAAAGAAGCACAUGAGAAUUCAUACGGUGUAAAACGUAUAUACUUAGAAAAUGUGGGACAGCUGUGAGUCAUCGCUGAACACCUGAGUGAAAAGAUGAUGCAUAUUCAAAUCAUUUUUUUUCCAGAGCAGUAAAGAACUCUCAGCAUUGUUUGUUCAGUUUAUUACAUUAUUCUAUUAAUUGUAUCAGGAAAACUGAUUUUACAUUUCAUGAGGGUUAAAGUUCAGUAUGCUCCUGUUCUAUUGGUUCAUUGUAUAGCUCUGUUGUUUAUUAAUAUUGCUUUAUAUCCUAUAUUGGGACAUAUGGACCCCAAACCAGUCUUCUGGUUAAUAAUUGUAAUCAUUUGCUCAAGUGAGUUUUUGUCACAAUAAAAAUGAA